UCAUCAGUCUGCGACAAGAGCACGGUUGCUCUGUUCAAGAAGUGGUUCUGCUGUUGCCGUGGCAAUGAGCUGCACCCGGGCGGCGGCGGCUUGCUGUUUGUGGCAGCUGCGCACGGGCGCCCCGAGGUCCCUCUCAGCUUAUGGAAGAAGAAGCAGUGUCAGAUUUUGCAGUUCGGGAGUGACCUUAGACAAUAUCAGUCGGGCAGCUGUGGAUCGAAUAAUCCGGGUGGAUCAUGCAGGUGAAUAUGGAGCGAACCGCAUCUACGCAGGGCAGAUGGCCAUCCUGGGUCGGACGAGCGUCGGGCCGGUCAUUCAGAAAAUGUGGGAUCAAGAAAAGGACCACUUGAAAAAGUUCAAUGAGUUGAUGGUUGCAUUCAGGGUGCGGCCAACCAUUCUGAUGCCCUUUUGGAAUGUGCUGGGCUUUGCACUGGGUGCGGGAACUGCCCUGCUUGGGAAGGAGGGCGCAAUGGCCUGCACAGUUGCUGUGGAAGAGUCCAUAGCACACCACUACAACAACCAGAUCAGGAUGCUGAUGGAGAAGGAGCCUGAAAAGUAUGAAGAGCUUCUUCAGGUGAUAAGGAAAUUUCGGGAUGAAGAGCUUGAGCACCAUGACAUAGGCCUCGAACACGACGCAGAACUGGCUCCAGCGUACGCUGUUCUGAAGAGCGUUAUCCAGGCUGGAUGCAGCGUGGCAAUUUAUUUAUCAGAAAGACUGUAAAGUAUGUCCACUUUUCCUUGUGUAUAAACGAUGAUAGUAAUUUAACAAGUGACAAUAGCAGAAAAGGAAACGUA